CCUAUCAUCUCUCUCUCUCUCUCUCUCAUAAGUAGUUACUCUGUUUCGAUAUACGACCAUGAUUUCUAGGGACACUGCUCGUACUGUUGUUGGUAUCAUCGGGAACGUGAUUUCCUUCAUCCUGUUCUUGUCACCCGUGCCGACAUUUGUGAAGAUAUGGAAGAAGAAAUCGGUGGAGCAAUUCUCGGCGGUGCCGUACCUGGCGACGUUCGCGAACUGCGCGCUGUGGGUACUAUACGGGCUGCCUAUGGUACACCCCCACAGCCCGCUGGUGAUGACUACAAACGGCAUCGGCUUCGCCAUCGAGGUCGUCUAUCUCCUCCUCUUUCUCAUCUACUCCGACGCCAAGAAGCGCCUCAGACUGCUCUUCAUCAUCGUCCUCGAGCUCGUCUUCGUGGCGGCUCUCGCUGUUCUCGUCCUCACUCUCGCCCACACCUGGAAACUCCGCUCCGCCAUUGUUGGUAGCAUUUGCAUGGUCGGUAACAUCAUGAUGUAUGCCUCUCCCUUGGCCGUCAUGAAAUUGGUAAUCAGUACGAAGAGCGUGGAGUACAUGCCGUUUUUUCUUUCUUUGUUUUCCUUUGCCAAUGCUGUCAGCUGGACUGCCUAUGCCUUCAUUCGCAUCGACCCCUAUAUUCUGGCACCAAAUGGAAUGGGAGGACUACUUGGGCUGGCCCAACUGAUUUUGUAUGCAUUGUACUACAAUUCUACAAAGAGGAUUAUUGCAGAGAGAGAGGCAAAAGGAGAAGUGGGGUUGGCCCAGAAGGGAGACACCAAAGUGCCCAACAAUGAGCCUUGAAAUUAACUCAGGAUUCAAGAAGAGGCUAUAAUCUCUAUUUUAUAUUUUAGAAGAAAAAAGGGGGAAAGAAAGCUGUUAGUUAAUUGUCUAUUCCUUUCUCCCAGUCUAUCUUUUUUGUUUUUCAGUGUAAUGAACUCGGUUGCAAGUAAUGGUACUUUAAACCUCAAACAAUCAUGAGCUGUGUUAGAGCAAAAUGUUGUGGUACACCA